AUGAAGUCCUCCGUGUUUGCCGCCCUCGUGGGCAGCACCGCCGUGAUGGCUCAGGCCGUCGUGCCGCCUGCCUGCGGUCCCUGCUCGGCCUUUAUCAGUGCCGUGCCCGAUUGUGCCACGGACUGCAUUGUCUCUGCCGCCGUCACCAACGCUGGCUGCGCCGACGCCAACUACCCCUGCCAGUGCUCCAACGCCGCCGCCAUCCAGAACGCCGCCAUUAACUGUGUCAUUGGCGGCUGUGGCUUCGACACUGCCCUCAACGUCCUGCCGGCUGUGAGCUCUGUCUGUGAUUGUGUCACCGCCAGUGGCUGUGGCGCCUCCUCGUCCGCGCCGCCCUCGUCUGUCCCUUCGUCGGUGCCUGCCUCGUCCUCGGCUGCUUCGUCGUCUGCGCCUUCGUCGGCCCCUGCCUCGCCUUCGUCGGCUCCCUCGUCGGUACCCUCAUCUUCGGCCGCCCCCUCUUCAGCGCCUUCGUCUCCGGCCGCCCCCUCUUCGUCGCCCUCUUCUUCGGUGUCGGCUUCCGGCUCCGCAUCUGCCUCCAUCUCGGCCCCUCCUACUCCAGUGUGCUCCAACUGCGAGGCUGAGAUCACCGCUGUCCCUGCCUGUGCAACAGACUGCAUCAACUCCGCCGCCGUGACCAAUGCCGGUUGCGUUUUCGGCGACUUUGUUUGCCAGUGCGCCUCUGCCGAUGUCAUCCAGAACGCCGCCCUGAACUGCGUUAUUGGCGGUUGUGGCCUGGACACCGCCCUGAACGUUCUGCCUGCCGUCUCUUCUGUCUGCGACUGCGUGUCGACUAGUGGCUGCGGUGGCGCCUCGGCUUCGUCGUCUGCGUCAUCCUCGUCGGCUCCUGCCUCUGUCUCGGCCUCGGCUUCGGCAUCUUCGUCGGCGGCCGCUGCCUCUUCCUCCUCCGCCUCGGCUUCGGCUGCUUCGUCGUCUGCCUCCGCCUCUUCUUCGCCCUCUGCUUCCGCCCCGAUCUCGUCCAGCCCCGUCUGCUCCAACUGCGAGGCUCAGAUCACUGCGGUCCCGGCCUGCGCCACUGGCUGCAUUAACUCUGCUGCUGUCACAAACGCGGGCUGCGUUGCUGGCGAUUACACCUGCCAGUGCGCCUCUGCCGAUGUCAUCCAGAACGCUGCCUUGAACUGCGUCAUUGGCGGCUGUGGCCUCGACACCGCCCUGAAUGUUCUGCCCGCCGUCAGCUCCGUCUGCGAGUGCGUGUCCGCCAGUGGUUGCGGUGGCCCCUCAGCAUCACCCUCGGGCUCGUCGUCGGCCCCGGCUUCCGUCUCUGCCUCCGCUUCGGCUUCUUCGGUUCCGUCGUCUGUUCCCGUUUCGGGCUCUGGUUCCGCCUCGGCGUCGGUCUCGGCUACGCCCGUCUGCACCAACUGCGCCUCGCAGAUUACCGCCGUACCCGCAUGUGCCACCGACUGCAUCAACUCUGCUGCUGUCACAAACGCGGGCUGCGUUGCUGGUGACUACACCUGCCAGUGCGCCUCUGCCGAUGUCAUCCAGAACGCUGCCUUGAACUGCGUGAUUGGUGGCUGCGGCCUCGACACUGCCCUGAAUGUUCUCCCUGCCGUCAGCUCCGUCUGCGACUGUGUGUCCGCCAGUGGCUGCGGCGGUGCUUCGGCCUCCCACUCGGGUUCGUCGUCGCCUUCGUCCGUUCCCGCCUCUGUGUCGGCCUCUGCCUCUGCCUCCGCCAGCGCUUCGGCUUCGGUUUCGGCUUCUGGCUCUCCUAGCGGUCCGUGCACGCCUUGCGCCGCCCAGAUCUCGGCCGUCCCUACCUGCGCCACCGGCUGCAUCAACUCUGCCGCUGUCACGAACGCCGGAUGUGCCGCUGGUGACUACAACUGCCAGUGCGCCAACGCCGCCGACAUCCAGAACGCCGCCGUCAACUGUGUUCUGGGCGACUGUGGUUUCGACGUCGGUCUGCAGGUCCUCAGCUCGGUCAGUGCCGUGUGCAACUGCGUCUCUGCUAGUGGCUGCGGUGGCCCGACUCAGUCUGCCUCUGCGUCCGGCUCUGGCUCGUCGGUCCCGUCGUCGACUCCUGCUUCUGCGUCCGCCUCAGGGUCGUCGGGCUACACCACAUCGACCAUCUACUCUACCACAACGUCCACGAUCGUGUCGUGCGCGCCCACUGUCACUGACUGCCCUGUCGGCAGCGUGACCACCAUCGUGUACUCGGUCACCACGACCGUCUGCCCGGUCACUGAGACCUCCGCCCCCGCUGGUGGCUCUGGUGGCUCUGGCAACGGUUACACGACGUCGACCAUCUACUCUACCACAACUUCCACGAUUCUGUCGUGCGCGCCCACUGUCACGAAUUGCCCUGUCGGCAGUGUGACCACCAUUGUCUACCCGGUCACCACGACCGUCUGCCCCGUGUCUGGGACCACCGCCCCUACGGGUGGCUCGGGCGGUUCUGGUUCGGGCUCUGGCUCUGGCUCCGGCUCGGGCUCCGGCUCGGGCAGUGGCUCGGGCAGUGGUUCGGGUAGCGGCUCGGGCAGCGGCUCUGGCUCGGGCAGCGGCUCUGGCUCUGGCUCUGGCAGUGGCUCGGGCAGCGGCUCUGGUUCGGGCAGUGGCUCCAACAACGGUACCACGCCGGCUACUACUUCGUACGCCACCAACCCGACGACCGUUGUCACUGCCGCGGCUAGCCGUGGUUCGCUUGCCCUCGUCAGCGUCUUCUUCGGCACCCUCCUGGCUGCUAUCAUGCUGUAA